AUGGUGUCGCUGGUUGCGCUUGGUUUUUGUGCCUUCCUACGUUGGUCAGAGCUGCGUGACUUACGUGCCUGUGACUUAAGGUUUUGCGCCACCCACAUGUCUGUUUUCCUAGACAGGCGUAAGAACGAUCAAUUCCGUCAGGGAUCUGUGGUUAAAGUUGCUCGUUUACCUUCCAGCUCUUGUCCAGUGACACUGUUAGAGUUAUUCCUUGAGCGCGGAGAGCAUCAACCAUCUCAGUCAUUAUUUUGUCUCUGCCAGAAAUUGGGUGCCGGGUACAAGCUGCGACAAGCUGCUCUGUCAUAUUCUCGGGCACGGGAACAGUUUCGUCAAAUGAUUUCCGAACUUGGUUUAGACUCAAACGAAUUUGGUUUACAUAGCCUUCGUUCAGGUGGUGCCUCCCAAGCAGCAUGCAGGGGAGUUUCUGGGAGAGUAUGGCGUAGACAUGGUGGUUGGCGCAGUAUCCAAGCCGCAGAUGGUUAUGUCAAUGAAUCUUUGGAAAAUACCCUUGUGGUAUCUAGAAAUUUGGCUCUUUAA